AUGGCAAGAAGAAGAAUUAGGCUUGCAUGGAUAGAAAACAGGGCAGCAAGAAAGGCAACUCUAAAAAAGAGGAGGCCAAGCUUGCUUAAAAAAGUUAGUGAGCUAGCCAUCUUAUGCGAUGUCCCUGCCGCAAUUAUCAUCAACAGCCCAGAUGAGCAAGAAGCAGCAUUGUGGCCUGCACAACGGGAAGUUGUGCAGCAAGUUCUAUCUGGGUUCCUCGACCUCCCUGAAAUCAAUCAAUCAAAGAAGUCUUUAAAUCAGGAGACUUACUUGAUGGAGGAGGUAGAUAAAUUGGGAAAGAAAGUCCUGACGGUUGAGAAAAAAUUGAUGGAGUUAGAGUUAGAAACUCUCAUCAAUCAAACAGACCAAGAUAGGGAAGUUGGCCUGUUAAAUUUGUCGCAACAAAAUGCACACAAUCUAGCCAUCUUCACCAAAGAUAAGAUUAGGGAGAUCAGGAGCAAGAUUGGUGCUAGCAGCUCAGGCUUGAAUAUCGAUGACACCCAGCAUAAUAUUCAGUAUUCAAGUCCUCCAACAAACACUAAUGAAGGAGGAGAUGAAUUUGUUAGGUCAACCAUGUUAAUAGGAGGUGAAUUACAUUGUGUGUUAAACCAUGUAAAUGCAGGGGUUACAGUGGUGCCUAGGGUGUACAUUGUUUAUAGGAUAUACAUUGUCUAUGGGUUAUGA